CGCAAAACUGUUUGUUUUGUGUGUACCACGGAGUAUACCUAGAAUUUAGUAUCGACCUCCAAUAGCUAGGAAUCUCGAACUUUGUCUAUGCCCUGCUAAGGGAUACACAUCAGUGGGGUAAUCUUAGCUUCGAGUGGCGCUUGUCCGAACAAGGCUUCGCGUAAGCUUUCAACAUCCGGGCUGUUCGCUGCUCUCCAUUGCCGCCUCGGCAACAGACAAUCUCACAGAGGGGUUUUCGCCAUGACACUUCAGGAACGUGGUGGGGAAGGUGACUGUCAGGAGACCCUUACGACCGAUGCUACAUCUGAUCUAGAGAGUCCAACCAAGUUUCAGCGUGAAGAUUCUCAAUUGAUAUACAGGCAUUCCUGAUUCUCGCGGAAAUUGAUACAAACUGCUUCAACGAAAGCGGGUAGUUCCGACAAAAAAUGUCGAGAAUAUGCAUGCUACUUUGCUGAUCUUCCCUUGGCCACAUGAUUAAUGGUCACAGUGCCAUCUUGAAUGUGAUAAGGAUUAGGUUGUAUGAUGAUGUCGCCUCUGGUGGUGCCCGGCAAUUACUACAUCGUUCGGCAUGAACGGAUGUAUGCCUGCUCGUUCAUCAAAAACGGGAUACAAUCUUCGUCCGAUUAGUUCAAAAAGCAACAUGUACAGUUUGCAAGGAUCACUUGGCGCCUUGAACAUCCAAUUCAAUAUCUCGGAACAAAAAACACCCAUGAGUUCUAUGGUAUUCUCACUCGACUUAUCAAAUUCUGAUGCUGCGACAAAUCCAAUGCCGCCAAACUCCGGUAAAUGAGUUCUGUUUCAUAUUUUGGGGGUGGCCCACUUGCGAAUCGUCCAGAUCACCCACGAAACACUCUAAUCUUAUAGGGUUACAUUUAACUCCCGCCAAGAGCUUUGUCUAUUAUUCUUGCAUGAUCUUUGGUUACCUUGGCACUUUAGUCUUCUAUCGCUCACAAAUGAAUUGUUUCUUUGUCCAAUUACAGCAUUCAACAUCGGGUUUGGAAAUGAGGGAACAUGCAUAGGGUGACAAACCCUCUCCUAGGAUCCAGUUACCUCGUCGAAAAUAUACCUAAGCAGAAGGUGGACUGUCUGCAGAACUGAGAAUCAUGGAAUUAGGUGCC